AGUAAUAAUACUUUUAUAAUUUUUGUACAAAUUACUUAUUUAAAUGACUGGUGGCAGUGAUUUUGCUGUGCGAUGGUGUGAAAAUACCUUUAAUGACAACAGUAGUAAGCAUUAAUUGGUUAUUAGCCAAGUAGAAAAUUGCAAACAACAACAAUUACACUGGCAUUGUUAUUUUAUUUUUGAGUUUCUAAAUUAUGUUGUUUUCUCUCAACAGAUCCUGCAAUUUGUUCUCCAAAAAACAACCCUUUGUUUUUCCAAACUCCAAACAACCCAAAGGCACUUUUAAGAGCCAAGUCUGUCUUGUUAAACUGUCCUUGCUGUGUUGUACUUGAUAGUCUCUUCCUAUCUCUCUAUUUAUUUCUCUGUCUAACUCUGUUGUCAGUCUUUCUUCUGUGUCUCUGUCUGUGUCUCUUCACUAUAAUGAGUGAUUCUGAUCUUGAGGAUCUUCUGAGAAGCGCAGAUGAGCUGGUUGAGCAGAAAGAGUUAAGGGAUGACCAAAGGAGUGCUGAUGAUUUGCUUUGUAAAGUGGAAGCAGCAACAACAGCAGCAGUAGCAGUAGCAGCAGCAGCAGCAGCAGCAGUGCCAGCAGUGUCAAUGAUGUGCUGGAAGAAGAGAGACAGUGAGGGAAACUUGAUCUUUGCAAGACCACGUUCAACCCGGAAUGUCUCAAAUCAGGCUGGCUGCAGUCGUAAUACUGAUCCCCCCGUUGAUGCUCCUGACCCUGACUGUGAUCUGGUCUUUGCUCCAGCUAUCGCUCCAGAGACUGUUGAGGGGUUUCUACGAGAUCUCCAGCAGUCUCUGAGCGAUACUACAGGAGAUGAGGUGGUAGCACAAACCCCAAGUGCUUCUCUGCUGGCAUCGACCAACUGGAGCACUCGAAAAAGUUUUUUUUCAGAGAGCUGGAGGGCAGCGAGACCACAUCUGGUUAACACCGUAGUGGCCCAAGCAAAUGUGGGAACACACAUUUGCCAACAGUGUUGGAGCAAAACGUCUGUUGUCCGGUGCCGGGAUUGCCGACCACAUCCCUUCUUCUGUGCUGACUGUGAUGUCAGCAUGCACACCAGACACCCCCUCCACAACAGAGAUGCUACUACUGCAGGUUACUUCCAGCCAUUGGCCCCAACAACACAUGUACUAAAUAUGGCCCUUUGCUCCUGUGUGCGGUUUGUACCUGUGGAGAUCCCGGACAAAAUCUGUGGUUGUGCAUCAGAGUCAUUGAGCCUCAAGCCAGGAAAGACUGUGACUGUGAUCACAAUGAAUGGACGACAUGAGCUAAGCAUGCCAGAGUUGGCUUCUGAAGCAUGCGCUGCGACAUGGACGACUGGGGUUGACGACCUUCUUCGGAGUGACUACUGGCCAGCUACCCUUCACUUCGCCACCAUUUAUGCCACAGAUGUUUUCUUCUCAUUUGAAGAAAUGAAAAUGGCUGCACCUGGACUAUCCUUUCAGGCAUAUUUAAGGAUGCUCGAUCAGCGAACGUUGCGCUUCGGCCGU